AUGUCGCAACCUCGCAGAUCCUUCUCCUCUGGCCCUACCACUGGCUCUGAUGCUCAAAUUGAAGCCAUUGAAGAAUUAAGACACCAUUUCAAGCUGUCUACCGACGAAUUAAAGCAGUUUCGUGAUGACUUGCGUCGCGAAAUGGACAUUGGCCUCAAGUCUGAUGAGUCCAACAUGGCCAUGCUGCCCUCUUGGAUCUUUAAGCAUCCCACUGGUCAAGAAACUGGCGAAUACCUUGGUUUGGAAUUGAGUGGCUCCAAUAUCCGUAUCUAUCUUGUCACUUUGCAUGGUCAAGGUCGCAUCAGCACCCGUCAACAAAAGUUCGUGAUCAGUGAACAUCUCAAGAAGGGCUCCAUCAACUCGAUGAUUGAUUUCUUGGUGGAGAGCGUGGAUAACUUUUUGUCAUUUGUCGGUAAAUAUGAACUCAAGCAAGCCUUGAGCCUUGGUUUUGUCCUGUCCUUCCCUCUUGAACAACAUGCUUUGAACAAGGCUGUCGUUAUCCAAUGGACCAAGGACUUUGAAAUCACUGGUGCCGACGGUAAGAACAUUGCCGAGCUCUUACAGAUUGGUUUCAGACGUCGUCAUAUCAAUAUCAACGUGGAAGCUGUUAUUAACGGUGCUGUUGGCUGUCUUUUGGCUCAUAGUUACCGUAGUUUGGAUACCUUGGUUGCCUGUACUAUCAGUACAGGUACCAACGCUGCUUAUUGGGAAAAGGUAGAGGCUAUCAUCAAGAACCAAAAGGAGCUCCCUCCCAAUGCUGACGGUGAUAUGAUUAUCAACACUGAAUGGGGAUCUUUUGGUGACAAGAAUCCUGGCCUCUUGCCUCGUACCUUUUACGAUAACCGUGUCAACCGCCAAUCUGUCAAUCCCGGUGUCCAUGUCUUUGAGAAGAUGGUGUCUGGCCUCUAUCUAGGUGAGAUUGCUCGUAUCAUCAUGGUGGAUUUCCUUGAUCGCCGUCUUCUUUUUGACGGCCAGUAUACUCCAGAACUGAACACGCCUUAUCUCUUUGAAGCCUCUUACAUGAGCGCAAUUGGCUCUGACGAUACACCUGAUUUGGAAGCCACCAAGCACAUUCUGGAAGCCAUCAUGAACUUGCCAUCCACCACACUCUCUGAUCGUCAAAUUGUCAGAACCAUCUGUGAGCUUGUCUCUCAACGUGCUGCUCGUUUGGUUGCUGCUGCUAUGAGCGCUAUUAUUGACAAGAGAAAUGCCCUCGAGGAAGGUUUAACUAUCAGUAUGGAAGGUGCAGUCUAUGAACAUUUCCCCAACUUCCCUAGACGUGUCAAUGAUGCUUUGAGAGGUAUCUACGGCGAGCGUGUUGAUCACAUCAAUGUUGGUAUCACUCGUGAUGGAAAUGGCAUUGGUGCUGCUUUGGCUGCUAUGAUUGCCAUUACUCAAAAGCAAGCAUAA